AUGCAGAUACUGCCUCUCAAUUUCUUAUUGUAUACUAUAAGUGGUUUAUGGCGACCAAUCAAGUGGUCUUCAAAAUGCUCCAAGUUACUGUACAUUGAAAUUCUGCAAAAUGAACCAUGCAAAGCCUGUGAUAAAGAUGAGACUGAUAUCCAGAUGAAAUUCGAUCAUACAAUCAGAUCGUAUUCCAUAUAUUACUUACUUUUAUGUACGUUUUCGGCGGUGGGUGCUGUAACGGCAGGAAUACUCGAUGUUUUAGAGGGUCAGUUACCUUAUAACAUGUGGAUACCUUGGAAUUGUACUUCAUUUCUUUUAUUCUUGUUUACGUCCCUUCAAGAGAUCGUAUCUCUAAUUGUUGCCACGAUUGUGAACAUCGCGACGGAAACUAUAGUAUUAGGAUUUUGUUUACAAUUGUGUGCACAAUUUGAAAUUUUGGAGCAUCGCCUUCAAAGAAUGGUAAAACGCAGAGAAGAGGAAAUAUUUCCGAAAAGUUCGUUGAAUAAAGUAUCACGCAAAAUAAGCAAGUUGUCGAAGCACAUUUCCCAUCAUUUAUGCAUAAUCAGACUUGCCGGAACAAUUAAUGGCAUAUACAGCAAAGUGUUCUUUGUUCAAUUUUUCGUCAGUAUUUUAGUAUUAUGUUCAAUUGUGUACCAUUUGUCUUCUCAUUUGACGCUUACAGACGUCGCUACCUUAAUUGUCUACACAUUCAGCAUGUUUGUGCAAAUUUUUGUUUAUUGCUGGGCUGGAAACGAAGUUAUGCUCAAGAGUACUGGAUUGAGCGAUAUAGCGUAUCAUAUGGAUUGGAUGUUGAUGACAAUCAGCGAACAAAAAGAUCUACUAAUGAUUAUGAAGCGUUGCACAAAACCUAUUAAAUUUACCAGCAGUUUUUUGGUGACAUUAUCUCUGGAAUCUUAUGGCAAUCUUCUGAAGAUGUCUUUCUCCGCAUUUAAUGUUCUGCAACAAUUUUGAAACUGUAAUCUUUCGCAAUACACUAUGUAUACGAUAUCAUAUAAUACAAUAGAUAAAUCGCUCAUUGCAAAAUGUAUUCCAAUAUCUAUUCUAUUAAUGUUGGCACAUGCGAUUGACGUUAUGCGCUUUAUUUCUUAAUCUAUCUCUAACGGUGCGUGUAUAAUGUAUGCAUGAAAUGCAUUAGAUUACAAAAUGAUAAAUAAAAA